CACUUAAAUCAACAAUAACAAAAACCUGGCUAUGUGGGUGUACCAUGUAGUUUAUCCUCUGAAGGGAUAUAGUUAAGUUUUUUUUUUUUUUUUUCUUUUUCUUUUUCUUUUUCUUUUCUUGAGACAGGGUCUCACCGUUUAACCUUGGCUUGACAGGAACUUGCAGUGUGGACCAGGCUGGCUUGAACUCAGAGAUCCACCCAUCUCUGCCUCCUGGGUGCUGGGAUUUAAGGUCAGUGCCACCAUGCCUGUCAAGUUUAGAAUUUUUUUUUUUAAAGAUUUAUUUAUUUAUUUAUUUAUUAUAUGCAAGUACACUGUAGCUGUCCCCAGACGCACCAGAAGAGGGCAUCAGAUCUCAUCAUGGGUGGCUGUGAGCCACCAUGUGGUCGCCAGGACCCGAACCUCGGACCUUCGGAAGAGCAGUCGGGCGCUCCCACCCACUGAGCCAUCUCACCAGCCCGAGUUUAGAAUUUUUUUCAUCAAUGCCCCCCAGAAGAAAACUCAUUAACUAUCACUUUUAUCUUCUCCAUUUCUCUUUGAUAUAGCCUUUUUUUUUUUUCCCCCGAGACAGGGUUUCUCUGUGUAGCCCUGGCUGUUCUGGAACUCACUUAGUAGACCAGGCUAACCUCAGACUCAGAAAUCAGCCUUGCCUCUGCCUCCCAAGCGCUGGGAUUAAAGGCAUGUGCUACCGUGCUGGGCUUUUUUGUUGUUGUUGUCUGUUUUGGACAUUUCAUAUACCUAGUUAUAGAAUCUGUAGUCCUUUGUGUCUGGUUUCUUUGACUUAGAAAACAUCUUCAAGACUUAUCCAUGUUGUAGGAUGUAUAUGUAUUUUAUAGCUUUGUAAUACUCUAUUUCUUUUUAUACUUUGUAAUACUUUAUUUCUUCAAUGUAUUUUCUCGUCUUAGAUGUCACAAACAAUUUUUCUGUCUUGUAGAAUAGCUACAUGGAUGUGGAAGUGAUUAUUGCCUCUUAGUGGAUGUGGCUUUAAUUUGUAUUUUUCUCAUGGCUAGUGAUAUUGAGCUUUUUUUUUGGUAACCUAGCAAGUGAGCCUUUACCAAACCUGUCCAUCUUUUUGGACUUCUCAGACUCCAGGACUGUGAGGUAUAAAUUUUUUUAAUUGAGAUCAUGAGACUAUUAUUUAUUUGAAUUUCGAAAGCAUUCUAAAGUAAGACAAGAUCUUUGCUUUGUUCGUUAAAAGAAAUGGGUUGUUGUCAUACUUUGUCUGCCUGUCUGUCUAUCUAUCUUUCUAUCUGCCUGUCUGUCUAUCAAGCUGGGUAGGUAUCAAGUUUGUUUUCCAUACUGCUUUUGUUUUCAUUUUUAUUUGCUUUGUGUUUGCUAUUCUCCUGUUGAUUGGUUGUUAGCUUGACUGCAUUGUAUCCAGUAGACUGGUCUCUUGUGCUGUUGUCUGGCCUUUGUUCAGUAUGUUCUUUGGUUAAAGGAAUGUUUCACAUGUGCUUAGAAAACAUUUGGCUUUCAUUGUACAUUGCUUUUCAUCUGGCUUACAAGGCUGGCUACUGAACAUUUUUGCUGUUUGUCCCUGUCCAGCAGUUUUUCUGAAUGUCCAUUUCUGAAAGGAACUAAGCCCUUUGUUUUAUUUGUAUAUAUUGAUUUCUUCUUCCGAUUGUAGAUGCCUUUCCUCUGUUUUGACGUUCAUUACUACUGUUGUAUCGAACUGUGACCUUAUCUGGUCAGCACUGCUUUUCUUUUCAGCACUGGAUUGGAUGUAUCCAUUUAUCAUUUCUUUUUCUUCCUGUUCCCUCCUUCCUUCAGUCCCUCCUCCUUUGAAGAAUUGCUUUUGCUUUUUCUGAAUUUGUUAUUUUUGUAAUUUGUUAUUUUUUACUCUCAUUUCCAUAUCUUGGUUAACAUAGUAGGUUUUCUCUUCAGUACUUCAAAAGAAACUUUCCAUAAUUCUUGGUUUUCUACUUUGAUACUUUGAUAUUGAGUAAUCAUGACCAGUCAUGUUAAACUCCAUCUUCACUAUUAUUGGUCUGUUCUUUUCCUUCCUUUUUCUUUUUUUAAAAUUUCAUUUUAAGAUCAUUCAGUAAGGGGUUACAGAGAUGGCUCAGUGGUUGAGAGCACUGGCUUCUUUGCAAGAGGACCUGGGUUCAAUUCCCAGUCCUUACAUAGUGGCUCACAAUCAUUUGUAACUCUAGCUCCAGGGAUCCCACAUGUUCUUCUGGUCUCUGCAUGUAUGGCCUUUUACAGAUAUGCAUGCAGUUCCCAGACAUACAUGCAGAAAAAGCACCUAUACACAUAAAAUAAAUUAGAAAACAGGUCAUUUCGUAGGUAUUGAUUAUUCACUUGUCCUCAUUAAGACUUAUGUUUCUGAGGUAACCAUGAUUAUAUGUUCAUACUGGAAGGGAAAGUAAGCAGUUUUAUGUUUUAUGUUUUAACAGCUGGUACCAAGUUAUCCAGCCAUGCGGACUGAAUAAACACAGGCUUUAACUAUCAUACUGUGUGCCAGCUGAGCUUUAAUAUGGAACACGAGACUGAAAAUAAAAGCUCAGAAUGUUCCUGAAGAAGAAAGUAUUUCCUUUGAGGUAGAAAUGGAGGGAUUUACAAGAGAGGCUCCCUGCUUCCCCAUUUUAGGUGAUAAUUGGGACUGUGAGAACCAGGAAAGAAAUUUGAGGCAAUCUCCUUUAAUUGAUGAGAAAACAGAGGCACAGGAAGCAAAUUGUGGCCAUGUUAAUUUGGGGGAGCAUUUGAGUACAAAUCCAGCCCUUCUACCCUCUCAGAGAGUUCCUGGGACAAACGGCUUCCAUGUUUUUAACUCAGAUAUUAAAACUUUUGAUUGUGACCAAACCUUACAUAGUUGCCCUCCAAGUUAUGCAGUUAAGGGAACUGCUGACGGCGAUGCUUGUGAGAAAGCCACCCAACCUUCCAUGGAAGCCACUCAACUUGUAAGAAACCAAAUGAGAGAGAAAUCCUAUAAAUACACAGAAAGUGUUAAAUCCUUAAACCACUUUACCACUGCCCUUUGUGAUAAAAAAAUUAAGAAAAGAAGCAAGAGAUUUUAUAAAGGUAAGGACUUUGGGGACAUCUUAGCCCUGAGCUCAUCUCUUAAUGAAAAAAGAAGUCAUUCUGCUGAGAAACCGUAUAAAUGUGCCGAAUGUGGCAAGUGCUUCAAACGGAACUCCUCUCUGGUUUUACACCAUCGGACUCACACUGGAGAGAAACCGUAUACCUGUAAUGAUUGCGGAAAAUCAUUCUCCAAGAACUACAACUUGAUUGUACAUCGAAGGAUUCAUACAGGAGAGAAACCCUAUAAAUGCAGUAAGUGUGGGAAAGCUUUCAGUGAUGGGUCAGCACUGACACAACACCAGAGGAUUCACACAGGUGAGAAGCCUUAUGCAUGUCUAGAUUGCGGAAAAACGUUCAACAGAAAUUCAUCCCUGAUUUUGCAUCAAAGAACUCAUACAGGGGAAAAACCAUAUAGAUGUAAUGAAUGUGGGAAGCCCUUCACUGACAUUUCUCACCUUACUGUGCAUCUCAGAAUCCACACUGGAGAGAAGCCCUAUGAGUGUAGCAGAUGUGGAAAGGCUUUCCGAGAUGGCUCAUACCUCACUCAGCAUGAGAGGACACACACUGGAGAGAAGCCUUUUGAAUGUGUAGAGUGUGGGAAAUCCUUCAGUCGCAACUCUCACCUCAUUGUGCAUCAGAAAAUUCAUUCUGGGGAGAAGCCCUAUGAAUGUAAAGAGUGUGGGAAAACUUUCAUUGAGAGUGCAUAUCUCAUCAGGCAUCAGAGGGUCCACACUGGUGAGAAGCCGUACGGUUGUAACCAGUGUCGUAAACUCUUCAGGAACAUUGCUGGACUUAUCCGGCACCAGAGAAUUCAUACUGGUGAAAGGCCUUAUGAGUGCAAUCAGUGUGGUAAAGCUUUUAGGGAUAGCUCCUGUCUGACCAAGCAUCAGAGAAUUCACACUAAGGAGACUCCAUACCAGUGUCUGAAGUGUGGAAAGUCCUUCAGACAGAACACUCACCUGGUAGUACAUCAGAGACUUCAUAACAGAGAGGGUCCCAGCCAGUGUCCUCACUGUGGGAAAAUAUUUAGAAGGAGCUGGUGUCUUGCCCGACAUCAGAGAACACACCUUGAAGAGCAGCCCACGGAAACAUAAUGGACAUGGGCCAUGCUGUCCUUGAGUGAACAAAGGAUUUGUUUUCAGAUGUGACUUCCCUUGCUCGCAGAAAAGAAUUCUUUAUAUAUAUAAAAAAAUUAAGUACGAGAUAUUCUAUAAUUGCAUUAACACUGUUAUUAGGGAACUCCUGAAGAGAGGACUGAAAGGUAGUCAAUGUAGGAAAGGCUUCAGGGAUGAUUCAGCCUAUACCAAACACGUAGCGCAUACACUGAAAUAAAGCACCGUCAGCGAGGAAGGCAUUUUCCUAGAGACACUCAUUUACCUUUACAUCAGGAUACUGAAACUGGAAAGAACCUGUGAAGUCAUUCAGUAGGUAACCAGACAUCUUGAACAGUAUCACCUUAUUGUAUGCAAGCAAAUGUUUAUUAUAGAGUCAAAGCUUGGAAGUGUUAUUUGGGAGUGACACUUUUGUCAGUUUGUACUUUCCUGUUUCCAUAAAGGCGUAGUGGUGGGACGUCUUACACAGUGCUCUACAAACUACCACAGGCUGUAGCUAGGGUUUUCUGUUUGAAUGCACUUCUGUUUUAUGGUCCCGCCAGAACACAGAUGACGCAUUUAGUGAGGUGAAACUGGAUAUAGGACUUGCUUGUGAUUGAAAUGAAGUUGACCCUCUUAAGACUAAAAUACUCUCCGUGGUGGAAAGGGCUGCUUCUAAGAAAUAGGAUCCAUUGCUUUAGGCGUUGAACAAGAAAAUAUUGAAUUGUAUUUCAGUUAUCACCUGCCUUCACUGUUGUUAAUUAUUUCAGAUACUAGUUUGUGUAGAGUUCAGGUCCUUUGAAGCAAAAUCCAAAGGUUUCAUUGCCAUCCUAAAAAUACUCAGAUCAUUGUAAAAGAAGGCGUAAAAGUAGAUUUAUUGUUACUAUAAUUAUGGUCGUAUUUGGUUGUAGGUUAGCAGUGGAAGAUAGAAUUAAGUGGCUUCUUAGGAGACUACAAUUGUGUUCUUUUUCCUUUUUAUUUAUACAGUUUUAUAUAAUAAUUUGGUAACGUAUAUAAAAGUGAAGCUAAAAGGAAACAAAUUUGGAGUCUCUUAGAUCUUUGCCAGUGGAUAGAGGCCAAAGAUACUGUCAGACAACCUACAAAGGCUAGAUCAUGGCUACAGGAAGCCAUAAGCAACUCCAGGUGUAUACUGACAGAUGCUUCUCUGGAAUCAGAGCGUCCCGAAGCCUAGAAUCAUUUCUUUUGGAAUUUUGGAUAUAAAGAUUAUGGCAUUGUGGAGGGAGAGGCGUAGGAGUCUAAGGAUAGGGAAGAGAAAGUUAAAGAAAAAUCUGGAAUAAUCUUACCAUGUCCUUUCCCAGUGCAGUGUUAGCUGACUGAAAGCUCGACAGUUUGGUUGAGAGCUUGAAAGGCCUCUGAUUCCUCCUGGAAAUUUUGACUUGAUCCUGUCUUCUACCUUUUGGUUCCUGUGAAGAGAGAAUCAUAAGCCUGUUUUGAGAUGAUUAAGACUGUUGAGUAGAUUCAUAAGGAAGUUAGACAUCUCAGUCUUCUGUAUGCAUGCCCUUGACAGCAAGAUGGUUAUCAUAUGAUGGGGAUAGAGAGAGAGUGGUAGACAGCACUUGUUAUUCUUCCAGAGGACCUGGGUUUGGUUCCUAGCACCCGUAUGAUGGGAAGGGACUGGUGCCUAGUGAGUAGAGGCCAAAGAUAUUGUCAGAUAUCCUACAAAAAUAGUCCUUGGAACAGUUAUUAUCUCAGAAUAUUAUUGAGUACUGUGAUUGGUAUACACACACACACACACACACACACACACACACACACACCACACAAUCAUUUGUAGCUUACAGAUUGUCUCUAUAAUGAACAAUAUUGAACUGUAUUUCAGUUGUCACCUGCCUUCACUGUUGUUGAUUAUUUCGGAUACUAAUUUGUGUAGAGUUCAGGUCCUCAUGUUAUGUGUAUGAAUAAGGCAUUAGCAAAUACCUAGUGGACUGUCUAUAUCACUCAAGGGUGCAGCACUUUGGUGUCUGUUAUUCUCAAGUAAAACAUGCAUGUACCAUUAGUGUUAGUAGUGUCCCUGCUUCUUGAUACUGCAUUUCAGAUUCUGGAACAAGAAACCUGAGGGAAGCACCGCAAGGAAGAGGUGUCAACUCUGAAAUUGUAGUAAGUUCACAUGGGAUUUGUGUGAGGGUGAACUGUUUCCCCUUGCUCUUUUCUAAACCUAGUUUUCUCAGAUGAGCAGGGAAAACUGGUGUAGCGAAAAUGACGGCUGUAUAGAAGGUGGACACUUUUGACUAAAGGGGGAAAGGUGAGAUUUGAGUUGGGAGAGUUCCAGAUGACUUCCAGUGCAACCUGGGCAAUUUUCAGUCGUAGGCCUGACUGGGGAACAGACAGAAGAGUAUAAUGGAAUAUCAGGACAAGUAUCCUGUAAUCACACAGCCCUUAAAUAGGUAGAGAAAACUUGGGCUGGAAUCAGAUGGAGAAAGUGAAUAUAGAGUAUUUCAAAGACUGAACAUUAUUUUACUUUUCCUGACUUUGAACAGUGCUUAACUUACUGUUCCUGGCUUUAAGGCUGGAGAAUCCACAUAUGAGUGGCUUCUGAAAGCCAGAGAGGCAAGAAAGUGCAUCCUUCCCCCCGAGUCUCCCCAGAAGGAACUAUUCCUGUCCUUACAGUCUGUUGAAUACCUGAUGUGCGGUUUUAAGCCACGUUUUUUUUGUUUGUUUGUUUGUUUUUGUUUUUGGGUUUUUUUUUUUUUUUUUUGUGGUAAUUUGUUAUAUUAUCUGUAGGUGAUAAACUUCACUUGAUAGUUCUUUUUAGACUCCUGACAGAAGUGUGUUCUUUUACCAAGCAAGUUAAGUAAACCAACCCUUUCCACUCCAUAGCAACAAUUUUUUUUUAAAGGAAAAGAAGACUUAUUUUGCCUCUGUUGGCCUCUGUGAGUUCACCACUUUAACAGCCUUGAAUUUUAUUACUCGUUUAGAGAUUUAAAUACUAUGAAUGUUCAUGGGCAUGGUGGCAUACACCUUUAAUGCCAGAACUCAGGAGGCAGAAGCAGGUGGAUCUCUGAGUUUGAGGCCAGCCUGGUUUACAAAGUGAAUUCCAGGACCGCUAGGGGCUACAUAGUGAGACCCUGACCCAAACAAUAAGAAAUAAUAAUAAAAUAAGUUCUGUAAGUAGCCAUUUGUGGAAAGAAAUCUCAGAAAAGAUAGAGUAACUUUCUUGUAACUUUAAUCCCAUCCCCGUCUGCUUGGUUGGCCAAGAAGGAGGCAUAUUUCAGCCUCAUCAAGCAUGUCUGGAGCCCAAGAAUGUGUCAGUGCCAGAGCAGAUUUUACCUCCAACAUGGAGAUGGGGAACAUUUAAAAUUAUGCUCAGUGUCUUAACUAGUUAACAUUAACCUAUAUCCUUUUGAUUUUCAAGUUAUCAGUGCUCAAGUAUGCCUGCCUGCAGACUGCUCAUCAACUUCAUGUCUUUCUUAUUUCAGCAACUGUAUGGAGUACGUGCAGUAAGAGUUGGUACUGUAGCAGAAGGCAGAACAAGGUGUUUGCAGUUCAGCAGGGGAGAAGAAUAAUUGCACAGCAUGUAUCAGAUGGUGGUUGAUGCCUGAGAGAAAAGUAAAGCUGAGAAAGGGGAUGGGGUGUCUAUGUUGGAUAAAUAUGAUUACAGUUUUAAAAAGCUUGAUCAUUCAUUUCCUUUCCCAAUGAAAGGCAAUUACAUGUGUGAUAUGUAAGGGGUAUGAUGUCAUGCAACAAGAGGUUAGGAUUUAGGGAUGAGAAACCUUCCACCAUGUGAGUUACAGGGAGGAACAAGUCAGAGAUGGAACGUCUUCAUGAGUCACACACAGUUAAAGAAAUGGCUUCAUUGCAGAGACAGGUAUGGAGAACAAAGCUUUGUGCAAGGGUAAACCCAUUUACAGGAAAACAUCUAAUCUAUGAUUCUGAAGAUAAUGGUUUCAGAAUAUGAACAAUGAAGUCCUAGCCAAAAAAAAAAAAAAAAAAAAAAAAAAAAACCAAGUAAAUAAGUUUAUACUUGUAUCUAUGCUUUAAUAACCAUAGGUAUUCAGCAUUAAUGGUCAUUUCUGAUAAAAUAGACUAGUGUUCAAGUUUUUAAAAUUAAAGGGACUAUUCAGUGGUUCAUGAUAUUCUCACAAGUUGAGUCACUUCCAUUCUGUAAUUUCAGGACAUCUUUCUUUCUCUCUCUUUCUUUCUUUCUUUCUUUCUUUCUUUCUUUCUUUCUUUCUUUCUUCCUUCCUUUCUUUCUUUCUUUCUUUUAGAUUUAUUUAUUAUUAAACACAAGUACACUGUAGCUAUCUUCAGACACACCAGAAGAGGGCAUCAGAUUUCAUUAUGGGUGGUUGUGAGGAAAUUUUUCAUUAUCCAUAGAAAAGCCCUUUGUACAUAUUAGCAUCCUCCCAUUCCUCUGACUCUGUCAAUCACCAGUCUCUUUUCACUGUGCAUUUGCCAAUUCUUUACAUUGCAGAUCAAUGGAAAAAUAAGACAUGUGGCCCUUUGUAACUUCAUUUCAUUUAGCAUAAUGUUCUAAAGGUUCAUGUUGUAUGUUCAAGGUCCUUUUUGUGGCUGAAAAAUAUUUUGCCAUAUGAUUAAAACCUUAUCUUGCUUAUUGGUUGAUGGACAUUUCAGCUUCCUUUUUUUUGGCUACUAAGAAUAGUGCUGUCCUAAAAACAUACAAACUCAUGUGCCAAUAAAUUUUCAGUACUCUUGGGUAGAUGCUUAGGAGUGGAAUUGCUGGAUCUUUGUUUGCUUUUUUGAGGAAAUGAUGUUCACUUUACGUUUGACUGAUGUAUGACUACUUUGACUUCUUCAUGUCCUUACCAAUAUUAAUUUAUUUUUUUUGCCCUA